AUGCGUGUGGUCUGUAAACAAGGGACCGGUUGGAGACAGGCACUUCCUCUCUACGAGGGGUUCUUGGAGCUUGCUCUGGAGCAAGCGCGGGCAACGACCAGCCCGUUGGAAGAAACCCAAGCAGGUCGUGCGGACGUAGUACCCGUACCUCUGUUGCGACAGAGGCAGCAACUACACCGUCUGAAGGAGGUCGCUCCGGGGUGGGAAGACGUGUGCCAGGCUGCGCUCGAAGCCUGCAACAUUGGGGGGCAGUGGGAGGCUGCUCUAAAAGUUCUUAGUGUUUUGCGUGCGGGUGGGGGGGGGGCGGAGCUGAGUGAGGCGGCUUACACUGAAGCAAUCGAAGUGUGCGGCAAAGGUAGAGCGUGGGAUAUGGUACUUCUCCUGGUGGCCGAGAUGUCCAGCGACGAGAUCCCCAUGACGGCUGCAACCUUCGAGACUGCUCUGAAGGGGUGUGCUGCAACUGGUGCAUGGAGCUGGGCCCUGUCACUACUAAGGUGCAUGUCGACGUCCACAAAUGGUCCAAACGGCAUCCCUUUGAACGCGGCGCACUAUCUCGACGCUCUGCGUUCGUGCGCCGGAGUAGUAGACAAGCCUGGCGGGCCCAAGGCUCAGGCGGCCGCGAAAGCUGCCCUGGGUCUUCUUCAAGAUGUUCGGGAGAACGGCUGGUUGGUCGGGCAGCAAGGAGAAGAUCUUGUGUAUUGUGCAAUGAAGACUCAAGCUGCGGCGAGAGAUGCAUGGGGCGCCCUCGCUCUGCUCGAUCAGGAUGACGGACUACCUCGGAGCGUUAUGUUGAGAACCGGCGCAAUGCAGGCGUGCAGUGGUGCUGGAGAAUGGCGUGCUGCUCUGUCUAUUCUCGAGGACAUGCAGGCUGAGGGUUUGCGUCCGAAUGGCGCUGCAUACGUCGCCGCAAUGGAGGCGUGUGCUCGCGGCGGUGUAAUGGAUCUGGCGUUGGAGCUCCUAGACAGGGUUUUGAUGUUUCACCCUCGAGACGAGAGGACAGUAACCGCGGCCUUUCACGGUGCGAUUAAGGCUUGUGGGAAUGGGGGACAGUGGGAAGAGGCAACUUCCCUUCUCCAAAGGAUGCGACAAGACUCUCUGGCUGUCGUGACAUCAAGAGAGUACAACGCGGCCAUCAUGGCGUGCUGUCGGGCGCAGCAGUCUGUCGCCGCUCUCACUCUAUUGGGCGACAUGUCGGUGGAAUCAGAACACUGCAGUGCCGACGAAACGAGCUACGUCCUUGUGAUGCGGGCGUUCGGACGGGAAGGGAGGUGGCGGACGGUCAUUGAUCUGAUGGGGAGCCUGAAAGAGGAGGCCGGCUUGGUACCGACCGUAUCCAGCUACAACGUCGUUAUAGAGGCUUUGGCGAAGGCUGGGGAGUGGAUGAAAGCUCUCGAAAUGCUAGCAGAGAUGAAGCAAGAAAGAGUCCGACCUACUGAGUUCACGUACAGCCGCUGCAUGGCAGCGUGCGAAAAGAGUGGAGAGUGGGAGCGCACUCUCCUGCUCUUGGCCGACAUGAAGGAACAAGAGGAUCUCGUGCCUGAUAGUUAUAUCUUCAGCACAGCAAUGGUGGCAUGCUCUAAAGCGGGACGACUGGACGACGUCCUCGGCAUUCUGCAGGAAAUGCGGGAAAUGUCCGCCACUAGCGGGCCUAACCUCGUGCUUUACAACAUUGCAAUUGGCUCUUGUGCGCGUGCGAGGGACUGGCCAAGGAUGCUGGAAGAGAUGGACAGGAUGAGGCGGGAAGACAUCGAGCCCGAAGAGAGCACCUUUGCCGCCCCCCUCGACACCUGCGGUAGGACCGGCAACCUGCCGAUGGCCCUCGAGCUUCUCGACCGCAUGCGCGAGGACGGCAUCAAGCCGGGAGUCGUAACGUAUGGUUAUGUUGUCGCGGCGGCAUGUCGGGCCGGCGAACGGACAUCGGCGGCGCUUCUGUUGGACGAAAUGGAAGCGGCGGGUCACCCGCCGAACGAGAGGACCUACGGCGUGGCAGCCUUGGCUUGUCGCGAGGGAAACAACGCUGACGCGGCGAUUGACUUGCUGCGACGCAGGCAGAUGCAGGGGCUGCCGCCGGAUGCGCUGAUUUUGAGCUGUGCGGUGCAGGCGUGCUCGAAUGCGGGGAAUAUGCAGCGCGGCUUGGAGCUCAUCACAGAAAUGAAGAGCGCUGGGUUUUCCCCCGACAGGGCAUUUUACCAUAGCGUGAUUGCGGGGAUAAACGCCUCCCUUGCUAGUCGGUUGUAACGCACCGAUGGCGAUGUAAAGAGUCUUGGAACAGUGUCAAGGUCGGUGCACCUCGUUUGCUGAUAUCAAGGCACUGGAAUGUAGGUAUGUGUUUAAUUUUGCAACCCUCGUCGCUGUUGCACUUCAAUACGUUGCACGCUUGUUUGGGGUUGCUCGUCGGUGCAUUAAUAGACUACAUACAAUGUUGAGUGAAGUGUGGUCGGCGAUUUCUCGUGUUGUCUUGGGAUGUUGUGAGACGAUUGAUAUUAAUGUUACACCCAAAAUCCCAUGAAUUUGUAUCAAUCAGUUCGAGAGGGACGUUUCUACGUACGCACAGCUCGCGUCGUUCCCGAGCUUUUUGCUCUCGCAAAAAAGAAGCAUGUUCGGUGUUGGAGGAUUGGUUCAGAAAACGCUCCCGAUCCCCCGAUCAGUGUUGAAGGAUUGGCACAUUGGCACUGGUUUUCUCUUUUUCUCUCUUUUUUUCUCUCUUUGUCUGUGUCAGAUGGCCUUGUCUCUGCUUGCGUUGUGAAGUACCAAGAUUGAACCAAGGGGGUGUACCUCUUUCUCUCUGGCCCGUCAUGCCGACUCCUAGUCUCAGUUGUUUCCUCGCAUUGCGCGCAGAGGGAGCGGAGGACUCCAGAAUAUCUGUCGUUGAUUUCUAUUUGACUUGCGGACCCCUCGGGGCCAGUUUAUUUGAGUGUACUUUUUUUAAGGGUAAGUUAGCCUGUGACCACGGGAAUCGACCGCGUCAAGUGUUGGAUAGUGCGGACAUAUGAAGGUACUGGGUAGAGAGAGAUCGGAACGGUUUUGAAUGUGAAGAC